AUGACAGAGGGCCACACCCAGCCCCUGGGAGGGGGGAUGCUGGGAGCCACUGUCACCACAGGACGCAGCAGAAGGUGGCUGAGGAGGAUGGCUUUCCUGGGACUCUUCCUCCUCCUCCUCACCAGCACCGCAGCCCGAGGGGAGUACGGCAUGGUCCACGUGGUGUCAGAAAACUGGAGCAAGGACUACUGCAUCCUGUUCAGCUCCGACUACGUCACCCUACCCCGGGACCUGCGCCACGCCCCUCUCCUGCCCCUGCAUGACGGGACCACGGCCCCCUGGUGCCCAGGCCAGGACUCCUCCCUCCAGGCCCGGCCCCGCUCCCCCAGCCCGAGGCCCCUCCGCCACACCACCCUCAUGGUUAUGAGGGGCAACUGCAGCUUCUACGCUAAGGGCUGGCUGGCUCAGGGCCAAGGUGCCCACGGGCUGCUCAUCGUGAGCCGGGUCAGCGGCCAAAAGUAUUCAGACACCACCCCGGCAUCCCGGGACCCCCAGCCCCUGCCCCACAUCGCCAUCCCUGUAGCCAUGCUUCGCUACACCGACAUGCUCGACAUCCUCAGCCACACCCGUGGUGGCGCCCUGGUCCGCGUGGCCCUGUAUGCGCCCCCGGAGCCCAUCCUCGACUACAAUAUGGUGGUCAUCUUCAUCCUGGCUGUAGGCACCGUGGCUGCUGGCGGCUACUGGGCUGGCCUGAUCGAGGCCGACCGGCUGCAGCGGCGCCGGGCCCGGGGAGGAGGGGGGCCUGGCGGGCACUAUCAGCAGGAAGCAGGAGCAGCCCUGUGGGGACAGGAGGAGGAAGACCAGGAUGCGCCGGUUGACUUCACACCAGCCAUGAUGGGUGCGAUGGUCACCAUGUCCUGCUCCAUCAUGCUGCUCCUCUACUACUUCUAUGAUUGGUUCAUCUACGUCAUGAUUGCCAUCUUCAGCGUGGGCUCAGGCACCGGCCUCUACAGCUGCCUGGCCCCCCUGGUGCGCCGCCUGGCCCUGCCUGGCUGCCACCGCGCCUGUCUGCAGCCGCCCCUGCUGCUGCUGGGCGGCCUGUGCACUGUGGUGACCGUCCUCUGGGUCGCCCAACGGAACGAGGACAGCUGGGCGUGGCUCCUGCAGGACACACUGGGCAUGGCCUACUGCCUUUUGGUCCUGCGGCACGUGCGGCUGCCCACGCUCAAAAACUGUGCCUCUUUCCUGCUGGCCCUGCUGGCCUCCGACGUCUUCUUUGUCUUCGUCACGCCCUUCCUCACCAGGACCGGUGAGAGCAUCAUGGUGGGUGUGGCAGAGGGCCCAGCAGGUUCUGUGAGCCAUGAGAAGCUGCCCAUGGUGCUCAAAGUGCCCCGGCUGAGCUUCUCAGCCUUGACCCUGUGUGGUCAGCCCUUCUCCAUCCUCGGCUUCGGUGACAUCGUGGUCCCUGGCUUUCUGGUGGCCUACUGUCACCGCUUUGAUGUACAAAUCCGUUCGCGCCAGGUCUACUUCCUGGCCUGCACCACGGCCUAUGCCAUGGGCCUGCUGGUCACUUUUGGUGCCAUGGUCCUCAUGCAGAUGGGCCAGCCCGCCCUGCUGUACCUGGUGUCCAGCACCCUUCUCACUACCUUGGCCUUGGCCGCCUGUCGCCAGGAGCUCACCCUCUUCUGGACAGGCCAGGGCAGGAUCAAGGCACCCACCCAGCCUGUGGUGGGGCCACGUGGUGCCCCUUCAUUUGGCUCUGAGCAGAAGCAGGAGGAUCCAGCAGACAUCCACGCAGCCAGCAAGUUUGAGGGGACAGCCAGCCAUGUGGCAGGGGGCUUAGACAGCAAUUUUGAGGAGGACUCAGCCAAGAUUGCCACCAUGUCCGAGGACGAAGCCACUGGUCAGGACAGCCACAGCGAUAGCUCCGAGAGCUGGAGCGAUGCCAACCUGGAUGCGGACAGAUUUCCUCGCGCCUCCCCUGGGACCUCAGAGGAGCGGAUGCCACUGGUGCCGAUGGCCAGGCGGAUGCCUCAGAUGCCACCGCCCUCGGAGCUGGGCCACGCGCAGGUCCAGCCCCAGGCUCACGACACCCACCUGCCCUGGACAGGCCUCCCCAAGAGGAAGGGCUUGAAGGUAAAGAAGAGCAUGUCGACCCAGGCUCCCUUGUGAACCAGAACCCUGAGACAUGUGCCUCUAGAUGGUCCGACAGAAUAUCUCAGAGCAAAACCACACAUGGUCAAAAGGAAAUCAGGCCAUUAAAGAUAUCCCAUAUCUACCCAA